CUGGGUAUUGGCUGAGAUUGGAAGGUAAAGAGAGAAUGGGUAGAAAUGAAGGUGGGAGUGAGAAGGGAAGCAGGCCCCACUCAUGAAAGGCUAAGAAAAAAGUCAUUCAAAGCUAGUGCUUUAGCAAACAGGCAAGGACCAGGAGAGACUGGUAAGGAAGAAAUAUGGCGCCCUCACUACUUCAAAAACAAAAAGGAAGGCCCCAGACAAGAAAUAGUGAAUCCUUCAGACCAUGGAUGCCACAGUGGACCAAGAAACAUGCUCCUGACCCGUGGAGUAAAUGUGAGGUAAUGCUUGUCAUGGGCUCCCUGGUCUUCCUGCUUUACAUCUGGCAGUAUCAUGACAACUUCCAUUUCCAGGUGGUCCAUUUGUAUGCCCACCUGGGCUACCCCAAUGCCCAGCACAUCCUAGGACAGAGAUAUCUGAAAGGAGCUGGUGUGGUCAAGAAUGAAGAGAUGGCAAUGCACUGGUUUAGACAAGCCUCCCAGCAGGGUCACCCUCGUUCUUCCUUUAACCUGGCAGUCGGGAAGCUAAAAAACAGAACUCUGGCAAUUGAAGAAGGGGAGGUCGAGAUGCUUCUUGGUGUGGCUGCAGGUCAGGGGCUUCCAGAGGCCCAGGAACUGUUGGAGAAACUUAUCCAAGGAAGAAACAAACUAUCACCCGCAGAGAGCCCUGGGAGUUCUCAUAGGCCAUAGCCUAGGUCCUGAAUACUCUGAAUGCUUGAAUGAAACUUUCAUUUUCCUGUAAUAGAUUCACAAUAUUUUGUGAAAUGUGUAAGAGAAGUUGACUUUUAGUUGUAGUUACAUUGAUAACUGUCUUCUCUUUUGGCUUUCAGAAAUGACUAGAAAUGAUCAUGAAAAGUGAUUUCAGAGCAUGGGAUAGGAAGUAGGAAGCCCUGGAUUUGGAAUCUGGCGACCUGUGUUUGAAUCAAGGCUCAGCUACUUCCUUAGAUUGUAAGCUCUUUGAGGGCGAGGACUCUCUUUUUCCUCUUUUUGUGUCCUCAGUACAUAGCACAGUG